GACCCGAUGCAGGGAGAUGGGCUGAGGGCGGCUGCCUGCAGCGUCUCCAUUUUACCUUCCCCAGUCCAGGAAAGCGAUGCUCGUUGAGGGAGGUGCUGCUGCUCUGUCACAUGCCAGGCACUGGGUCCACGCGCACCGAGCCAAGGGGAGGCGCCAGAGAGACGAGUGGAUGGAACUUUCCCCCCCGCGGAGUACUAAAACGCUUGUGCUGGCUUUUAUAUCACAGGCCCGAAAUUAGCUCUUGCUUUGUUCCGAGCCGAGGUAGUCCUUGCAGCCCAAACAACUUCCAAGCGCUUUCCUAGACAGCUUCAUCUCAAAAAUCUGACAUUGAUUCUUGGCAGUUGGAUCUAACUCAUUUUUUGUACUAAUUGCGCAGCUAGUUGGAAAAAAUCUCGUCCAAGAUGAACUUCUUCCUGGAAACACUCAGAUUCAUUGGGCUGUUAAUAUAUUUGAUGCUGGAGUCUCUCUUUUUAUUAUUUAUCCCUGUGCGGAAGAAGAACGUAGCUGGUGAAAUAGUGCUUAUCACUGGAGCAGGAAGUGGAAUUGGAAGGCUUAUGGCUUUAAAAUUUGCUCAUCUUGGAGCCACUUUGGUUCUCUGGGAUAUUAACCAAGAAGGCAACAAAGAGACAGCAAGACUGGCAAGAAAAAAUGGAACUGUGAGAGUACAUGACUACACUUGUGACUGUAGCAAAAGGCAAGAGAUCUAUCGAGUUUCAGAUCAGGUGAAAAAGGAAGUUGGUGAUGUUAGCAUCGUGAUUAACAAUGCUGGGAUUGUAAUAGGAAAGAAGUUCUUGGAUUCUCCAGACCCACUGAUAGAGAAGACUAUGGAAGUGAACACAAUGGCACACUUUUGGACUGUCAAAGCAUUUGUUCCAGCCAUGAUAGCCUCUAAUCAUGGACAUGUAGUGACUAUUUCGAGCUCAGCUGGGUUAAUUGGCGUCAAUGGACUGGCAGAUUACUGUGCAAGUAAAUUUGCAGCUGUUGGCUUCGCUGAGUCUCUAGCUUUAGAGAUGCUGGCAUUGGGAAAGACUGGUAUUAAAUCUACAAUUGUCUGCCCAUAUUUCAUAAACACUGGAAUGUUUGAUGGCUGUCAAACCAAGUGGCCUCUUCUCAUGCCUGUUCUAGAUGCAGAAUAUGCAGCUGAAAAAAUUGUGUCUGGUAUUCUGCGAGAUCAGGUAUAUGUCUUCCUGCCGCGAAGUAUGUUCUUUUUGCAUGCACUGAAAGGUAUCAUCCCUACAAAAAUAGGUGUUCUUCUUGGAGAUUAUCUGGGGGCUUUCCAUUAUAUGGAUAAGUUCACUGGUCGAGCAAAGAAGACUGAAGACAAUAAAUCUCAGUAGCCAGCAAUAAAAACUCCAGCUUCUCUUGAGUGACUUACAUCCUGAAAAAUCAGAUAUGUGGAACUUCUGUAGUGUCAAUUUCUUAUACUUAAUAUGUGCCUGAAACAUCAGAGAUGUGGUGGCUCAUAAGUAAGAAAUAAAAUCUAUUUUGGAACUAAAUUACACUGAUGAUAGAAUGUGAUCGAUUGUUUAAAAUUACAGCUGUUUUUAGAAUUGUUGCAGAGAUCAUGUUAAACCUAGCUUGUGAACUGAUGUUUUAUUAGAAUAAAAAUCAUUAAAUAAUUAAAUCUUAGAAACAAAUGUUAUUUGUAAUUAAGGCUUUUUUAGCUUUCUCUUUUUACAUACAAAUGCAAUGCAGCAGUGCUGAAAUAGUUCUUUUCAUAAUAAAUAUGACUUGGAUAAAUCA